GUCUGCGUUCAUCCUUAUCUCUUUCAUUAUAAUAGAAAGGAUUGCUAUCUCGUUAUCCUCCCUCGCCCUAAAGAAAAAUGGAGCAAACAAGGUUAAAACAAAUUCAAGAAUCCAAUUACGACAGGAAAAACAAAUUGAAAGCUUUUGAUGAUACAAAAGCAGGAGUGAAAGGGCUUGUCGAUUCUGGUUUGGCAAAGAUACCAAGGAUUUUCAUUGAUGAACGAUACAAUCUUGAGAGAAAUGUUUAUAACCAGGCCGAUCCUGGCAACUCUAACAUUGGUAUCCCAAUCAUAGACUUCACAGGCAUCGACGAAGAUCCAAGUUUACGCAGUGGAAUAGUGAAAAAAGUUGGAGAAGCUUGUCAGAAGUGGGGUUUCUUUCAGGUUGUAAACCAUGAAAUUCCUGUGACAACUUUGGAUGACACGAUCGAUGGCAUUCGCAGGUUUCAUGAGCAAGAUACUGAAGUUAAGAAAGAGAUUUAUUCUCGAGAUUACACGAAAAAAGUGAUUUAUAAUAGUAAUUUGGAUCUCUACCUUGCUGAAGCAACCAACUGGAGGGAUUCUUUGACUUGUGUCAUGGCACCUCGUCACCCUCAUCCUGAAGAAUUGCCUGCAGUUUGCAGAGAUAUAUUGAUAGACUAUUCAGACAAAAUAAUGAAAUUGGGCCGCACUCUGUUCGAACUGAUUUCAGAAGCUCUAGGCCUCAACGGUAGUUACUUGGAAGAUAUUGGGUGUGCGGAGGGACUUUUUGUCCUUGGCCAUUACUACCCACCAUGCCCCGAACCACACUUCACUUUGGGUACUAGCAGCCACACUGAUAGCAGCUUCUUCACUGUGCUUUUACAAGAUCAAAUUGGUGGACUUCAAGUCCUCCAUGAAAAUCAAUGGAUAGAUGUUACCUCUAUUCACGGAGCUCUUGUAGUAAAUUUGGGUGAUAUGUUGCAGUUAAUAUCCAAUGACAAAUUCAAAAGCGUCCAUCACAGGGUGCUUGCUAACACUCUAGGUCCAAGAAUUUCAAUAGCAAGUUUCUUUAGAACACAUCUUCCCCCAGAGAAUGCCUCAAGGCUAUAUGGGCCAAUCAAGGAAUUGCUAUCCGAAGAAAAUCCUCCGAUUUAUAAGGAAACUACUGUUAGAGACUAUGUGUCAAACUACUACUCCAAAGCGCUUGAUUGUACAACUCUUGAACAUCUCAGGCUGUGAUUAAUGAGGUCUUGGAUACAUAGAUAGAAAUUGCUACUCGCUACUGCAAAAUGAUGUUCUGUAUUUUCCCAGGAUUUGUCGAAACUUUGAAGUGCCGAUCAUGUUCUUCUAUAUAUUAGAGUUACUGUUACUUAAGGCAGAGCACCUUCCUUUGCAUUGCAUACUAGAAUAUAGUGAAAUUUAUUCUGUUUGACGUAUUCAAUGUAGUUUUUCAAGUAUGGCUUUGCAAUUCAAACAGCAAAGACUAAAUUAGGCCAUAAUUGCUUGGGAAUUUACAAGGUUAGAUAAAUUAUAAAUAUUUUGUGAACAUUUGACAAAAAUAAAAAAUUAUAUUUCGAUGUUGUAUACGUCCACGAACCACGAGCUGAGCAACUUGCCCUUGCUCUCAAUUCCAAAGCCCAUAUAUCCAACACUGGAUGAAUUUAGGCACCUGUUUUUUUAUAGUUAUGAU